AGUCUAUGUUUGACGAGCGGACGCGUUCGGUCGACGACCACGACCACGACCACUGUGACCGCGUUCAUUCGUCCGUUUUCAGAUAUAAUAUUCUAAUCAUAUUACGUGGUUAUUAUAGAUCGAUCUACGGUCCCGUUCCGUUAACACCGUCGACAUUUCCGAGACAUUUUAUCUCCGUCGGGUUUUCGCGCACCGGCAAUUUCACCGCGUGAGAAAGUUCCUCCGGCGCAGCUGAAGCCCAAUAGGAUACGUCAUAUAAAUUACACGCAUCAGUUGCGUACGACCAUCGUCGUGAUGCGUUAUUGUGACCCGUCGACGAUCCGUUGGCGCGUCGAUCGUAAAUCGGAAUUCGCCGGGAAGACGUCUUCGUAAGUCGAAAUAUUUUGAUAUCAAGGCGCUCAUAAUUAUUCCGUAAAUCGUCUUAUCAACCAUUAGCAAUCUUGUCGGACAAACGAUCAAAGUAGUGAACUAAGCAGCUACUUAAAUAGUGAACUUCUAUAAGCAACAAACAAAAAAAUGGCCAACUCUACGUCGGUGACCAAGUGCACUGAUUUUUCGGUGUCUAGCCUCUGCCGAGACAUGAAAACUUCACCUCCUGAUCCAGCAAUCGUGGUCGGUGGAACUGGCACUAAUAUGAAAUUGACACUGCCUCUUGCAGCUUGCGCACCUUUUUCAUCUAAUAUUAAUGGACCAACAGCCAUCACGACCGCAGUCGCUGGUAGACCGCCACCGUCCACGUCGCCGUCGCCGUCUCCGUCACCGGCCACGCUACGCGAACUGUACGCCAUGGCGGCCAGCCAACAGCACCAGCAGCACUCGCGACUACUCGAGCUAUCCAACAGAUAUCGCGGGUAUCCGGAAAUCGCCCAUCACGUAUUCAACCAACAAGGAGCAGUCACCAAGUUGCUAGGAACCCUUAGACCUCCCGGACUGAUUGGUGGAAGCAAACCCAAGGUUGCCACUCCGGCAGUCGUAUCGAAAAUUGAAUUCUACAAACGAGAAAAUCCAACGAUAUUCGCGUGGGAAAUUCGCGAAAAGCUCAUAUCUGAAGGAGUGUGCACGAACGGUACGGCGCCAUCGGUGAGCAGCAUCAACCGGAUAUUGCGGAACAGGGCAGCGGAGAGGGCCGCGGCCGAGUUCGCGCGGGCCGCCGGGUACGGGCUGUACCAGGUGUCGCACCCGUACGCGUCUUUCCCGUGGCCACCACACCCACACGGCAUGUGGCCGGGCGUGGCCACGGACGGUCCAUCCGCUGUGGCCGCAGCAGUAUCGUCGUCUGGUGGACUGCCGAUGCACCACGGACCGUCCGGCGCGUCCAACAAAAACACACCACUGCAGCAAAUGAUCAAUGCCCAUCAACCUUGCGGCGUAAUGUCGUCCAGAGAUCUCAUGCCCAGGCUCUUAGGUGACGGAUCCGGAGGCGUUGACGGUUGCAAAGACGACAUGGAAAGCGUGGGCAGCGGCAGCGGUUCCGAGCAACCAAAGUUCAGGCGCAACCGGACCACGUUCAGCCCGGACCAACUCGACGAACUGGAAAAGGAGUUCGACAAGAGUCACUACCCGUGUGUGAGCACUCGCGAACGGCUGGCUGCCAAGACCAGUUUGUCCGAAGCUAGAGUCCAAGUAUGGUUCUCGAACCGAAGGGCCAAGUGGCGUCGGCACCAGCGCAUGAACAAAUCGCGUCGGUCGGGCGUGGCGGCCGCGUCGACCGUGUCGGGCGGCAGCAGCGGUUCGGCGGCGGGUACGCCCACGCCGCCGGUCGUGUCGCCCGUCGCGGGUGCGAUCGGUGGCCCGGUCGGUGGACCGGACGGCGUCGGCGGUCCGCCCUGUCCGGCCGCGGUGGCUAGGUGCCUGGGUGGCGGCGAGAACAGCGCGUUCCGAUCGCUGAUGCCGCAACAACACUUGCACCGACAGCUCAUCGAGCAGAGUUAUGCCGCGUCCGAAUCGUCCGAAGAGAUAAACGUGACCACGGACGAUGAAGACGACGAAGGUGGUGCCGUCGGCAGCGGUGGUGUCUGCGGCGUUGGCGUCAUCGACGAACCGAUGGACGACGGAGACGGUUCCAAUAAUUCGUCUUCGUACAACCACAACAGAAAUAACGACAACAACAACAACGACGGCAGUGGAGGCGGCGGUGAUGGCGACAUCGACGAUGACGACGACGACGGAAAGACAUCCCUGACGUCACCGGCACCACACCACCUUCAUCACAAUCAUCAUCAUCAUAACAAUCACCAUUCCCGUCCACGAUUUGGUGCUGACCGACCGCCGUACUUCGGUCACGUUAUGCACACGGCCGACCCGAAACGAGCGGUCGACAUCCCGAACAACAAUCACCACCUCCCACACCACCAUCACCAACACCUCCACAACAACAACAACAACAAUAACCACCACAGCAACAACAACAAUAACAGCAUUCAGCACCACAACAGCGUGCUGUCCACGAUCGCUUCGUGGCGCGAAAUGGCUGCCUUUACUGCCCUUCACCACCGGGCCCUCGAACAGGGCGCGGCCAAAGCGGCUGCGGCUGCGGCGGCGGCGGCUGCGCAACCGUUGCAGUUGACCAAGUACGACAAGGACAGGGCGUAGGCCGGACGGCGCAGGUGUUACGCAUGUACAAAAAACCGCACGUAAUAUACAGGGUGAUUCAAAAGUUUAAUUUAUAAUGUGCCGAUAUGAAAUAGAGUCGAGAUCAUGGACGCAGAUGGAAAAAAAAAUACCUUACGUCCUGGGACAGCUGUCACGUUAGCCGGGUCGUAUAGAACAUCAUUAAUUGUAACGCUCUAUGGAGUAAACUAGACUUGAUCGUUUUGAAAAGAUUUUUCGCUUCGCCUAUCGUUCCUGCUCCAGUAGAGGUAUGUUCAUUUUUAAAUAAUAAAAAAAGGUACGAAUUUUCCCAAAUUGGACGGAGACUUUUGAAUCGCUCUGUAUUGUAAACUUAACGAUAAUAUAAUAGUUGUAAUUGUAGGUAUAACAAAAUGAUAAUAAUAUCACCGCGUGGCGCGUUUGCACGGGCAGGAAUAUUAUAUAGUCCGACGGACGAAAGGCCGUUUCUAAUGUUUCUGUAUAAUUUGUUUUUUGAACGUGCGUGGCACACCGUGGGUACUGUCGGAGGGGGGGAGCAUACCAUUCUUUCCAACCGCUAUAAUUAACAGCGGCGGAGGGCUUACCUGGUCGUAUAUGGUUGACUUGUAAGUAUAUUUGAGGGAAUUCUACGUGACGAGUUUUUUUCCGAUGUACGUCGCAUAAAAAUGGGUCUCGUGUGACUACAACUACUCUCGAAUAUACGACGACUGUGUACUGAUUUUGAGGUGUGGUGGGGUUGAGUGGGGGUGUACUCAGGCAUAUAUACUCGAAAAUAUAGUUUUUGCGAACGCACAAUCAAUAUAAAAUGUUACGAUACGUGGUUUUCUUUUUUAAAUCAGUCGAGCUGCGGGGGACCUAUAGGUACAACAAUUCCCCUGAAAAUGUAUACGCAUAUCGCAUCACCUAGUCAACCCUGACUGUGCUCGAGUUUAUUAGAUUUUUCAACGACAGUAGAGCUCCAAAUAGUUUUGGCUCAUUACAACAUAAUAUUAAUAUUACACCGAAAUCGGGAGAAAUAUUUUCGGGGGACACCACCCUCUCACGACAGGCCGACCGCGUGCCCGCCCACCUGCAUCGCGCAUCUGUUGAUGUCUCUAGGCUAUUUAUUCCUCCUUACAUUUUUUAAUUAUAUUGUUUUCGUAGUUGCGUGUGUGUUGUACAACAUUUUUUAACUUGCAUUAGUCGUGAUUAUUUGUAUGAUAUUAUUACGCGUAAAACUCGUGUACCCAAUAAGUAGUUAAUUUAAAUCAAUUAUUAUAAUAUUAUUUGAUGUGUUUUUAAUUCAUUUCGGUCGGUUCAAUGAUCGGUGUGAUUAUAAUAAUGUAUGUUUGUAUAUAUGUAUUAAUGUAUCGUAUAAUAAUAGUUUAUGGUGUUCGA